AUGCAUGAAAGAAAAAAACCGUACCUAUAUCCUAGCGCCGGUCGCGAUCCUCGAAUUUGGGUCGUGACCAAAUUCCCAACAUGGGCUCCUUCUGAAGAAGACCCUUCAUCUAAGCGGCGUCUAUUCCGAGACCAGAGCUCAUUAGCAAUAGGAAUUGCACUCGAAGAGGGAAUCCCCUUAAGAGAAUCCUACACUACGGUCACAUCGAGAUCUACAAUCUCCGCCGCCUCGAGGCGAUCCACUGGAGCUGGGGGGGACUGCCGCAGCCUCGGUCUUGACGGAUUUGCCGUCAGCAACCGCAUCAUGAUAGUGAUAGCUUAUCAAGAAUUCAUAGCAUUACCGAAGCCUUCACAGUGGUCUCCUUCAUCUGGUCAGUUGUUGUCUAAUAAUAAAUCUGCGAUUUUAUCACCAUCAGUAUCGUCACAUUUGGGAUCCGGUUAUAUUAGAAUUUCUUGCGCUGCAGGAAAGUCUGAACUGGGCUCAAUCAUGUGGAUGGAAUCGGGUUUGUUUGUUGGGGGACGCUCUUCAAGUUUCACAAGCUGUAAAUUCGGAUAUCAUUACGGAUUACAGAUCUCGAGGAAUUUGUCAAGAUAUUCGACGUCUCAAGGAUGUAUUUCUUUCUUGCUCGAUUGGUUUUGUUCGUAGAGAGUUUAAUAUGUUAGCUCAUAAUUUAGCUACUUCUUUUAAACGUUUUAUACUUUCUUCAUAUCCUGUUGUAAACUGAUAAUUUAUUCUAUAUACUACA